GGUUUUGCCGUCUCACCCAUGAAUGAUUUUGGUGUUCCAACGGCACUCUACUAUUUCUUCACACCGUCAAUUGAUGAAACACGUAAAUGGCUUGAGAUGACCAGUAUGGCUCAUCGAGAUUUCCAUCGGCUUAAGCCUUUAAGCGCUCAGCAGUGUUUGAUUGGCUAUCAGCCGUACGCGAUUCCGAACGGUUUCCCGAAAAGUGCAGAGAUUCCGGUGCAGAUGGAUCCGCAUCAUUCCCGAGUGCCGUCUACUGCUGGUAGUAAUAACAACAUCAACAACAACAACGCCAACACCAACACCAGUAUGCCUCCUCCACCACCGUACACGUAUUCGGAUUAUUGUAAUGGAGUGAUUCAUCCGGAUGUGGUUCACCGUAAGAGCUCUUCAAUGGACUCGCAGAUAGUCGCAGAGCACUCCAGAUUGGCCAAUAUGCGUAAAACGAACACAGUCUCAUCGGCAGAUCAUUUGGAUCGUUUAUUUAGCGCCACUGAAGGUCGAUGUGGUGGUGGCAAUCUGUUGUCACGACACAAGUUGAGCGUUUCAAACAGUGGGACGGCUUUGGUACAUUCGUCGGCUCUCGGCCAAUCCAAAUCGUCAUUGGAUUUGCACAUGUCGAAUAGAUCGUCAGCCGAGCGAUUCGAUUCACCACAACAACAGGAAAUAACAAGUCAUCGAUCCAGAUCCAAUUCGUCCGGACCUCUGGAACGAUUUACAACCAGUGAAUUGCAGUUGCAGUUGCAAGGUAACGCUCGUCGUUUUGAGCGUCGCUACCAUACAGCCGAUGGAAUCGAUGUACUGAAACCGAAGGGUGCAUCGGGUUUACCACCUGGGAUUUUGAAACGUUUCUCGUGGAACGUUUCAUCCGCUGUUGGUGGUUCCUCAAGGAAGAUCUCAAGUCGUCUCAAUGAGCAACAAAGUCGUCGACAUUCGCAGUCAACAGUAGCCUCAUCGGAAUCGUUCAGCUCGUCAACAUCGGGCAUAAGCACUGCCUCAUCGUCACACACCGACACAAUCACGCCGAUAAAUGACGAUAAAACACCAACCAGUGAUAUUAGUGACUAUCACGUUUCUAAAGUAGCCAUUGGGGAGCAUCAUCAUCACACGGAUUCUUCAUCUGAUGAGCAACAAACCCAAACUCAAACCCAGUCCCAAUGCCAGCAACGAACACUCGUCAGUAACACCCCGUCACCUCCGUUAAUCCCGGCUCAUAACCCGCAUUCGCCUAAUCAUCCCUCUCCCGUAGGCCCCGUCCCCCCGCCGCCAUCGUCGAAUAUUCUAUCAAUCAAAGAGAAUAUCGCCGUUGAUAAGGGACCAAUGCUGCCGCCCCCAUUGCCCGAACAACCGCCUCCAUCAAUACUCAUCAAAGAUGCUAAAUCGCACCAUCGUCAGCACCAUCAGAAACCUAUUAAUCAUCAUAACAACAAACACAACACCGAUAAACAUCAUGAACUGUUGAAGUUCAUCAUGGAUAAUCAUUUGGAGACUUCGUAA